AUGCCGGCGCCGGCGACCAGGGCCAGGGGAGGCGGCGGAGGGGGUGGCCGCAACGGCGGGCAAAGCGCGACGUCGGCUGGAGGUGGCAGCGCGGGGGCGCGCGCGAGCAGCGCCGGGGGCUGCGGACGCGUGUGGGAACGGCAGGCGCGGCCUGGGCAGGAACGGGACGAGCGAGGCAUGGGCACGGGACGCGCGCGUGCUGCGGAGCAGGGCGAGUGCCGUGGCGGAGCGAAACGGCAAGUGCGGCGGCGGCCUCGGCACGCAGUGCGUGGCCACGGGGAGCAGGGGCUGCGGGGAAGGCAGAGCAGCAGCAGUAGCAGAGCGGCAGCUGCAGCAGCGGGGCGGCCACGCGCGCGAGCAGGGGGCGAUGUGGGGCGCGGUCAGCGUGCGCUGAGCGCGCGCGUCGGUGCAGGCAGGCGCGUCCAGGAGCAGGGGACGGUCACGGCGGCGGGAGCAGGUGCGAGCGGUGCGCGCGCGCACGAGGGAAAAGGGGAGGAGAGGGCCCAUAGGCCUAGCGGGUCGGGCAAGCAGCGGGGCAAGCGCCUGAACGGGUGCGUGCCCGAGGGGCGCUGGACACGCACGGCGCAUGCCGGCACCGGCGACCAGGGCCAGGGGAGGCAGCGGAGGCGGUGGCCGCAGCGGCGGGCGGAGCGCGACGUCGGCUGGAGGUGGUGGCGCGGGGGCGCGUGCGCGCGAGGGGUCGCGGACGCAUGCGGGAACGGCAGGCGCGGCCUUGGCAGGAACGGGAUGAGCGAGGCGUGGGCGCGGGACGCGCGUGUGCUGCGGAGCAGGGCGAGUGUCGUGGCGGACCGGGACGGCAAGUGCGGCGGCGGCCUCGGCACGUAG